AUGGCUACACGAAUACACCCUACUCGUUCACUUGAAAAAGAAGAUUCAGGUGAAAAAAUUGACAAAGAAAAAACCUAUAGAGGAAUGAUAGGAUCCCUACUUUAUCUUACUGCCUCUAAACCUGACAUCAUGUUUAGUGUAUGGGUAUGUGCAAGAUUUCAAGUUGACCCUCGAAAAUCACAUUUAACUACUGUUAAGAGAAUCCUUAGACACCUAAAAGGCACUACCAGUCUUACCGUGUUCUACAAGAAAUCUCCUAAGUACAAACUAAGUGGAUGCUGUGAUUCUGAUUAUGCUGGAGAUAGCACAAGUGACAAUUGCACCUUUUUAGGUGACAACUUAAUAUGUUGGUCAAGUAACAGACAAAACACCAUUGCAAUGUCAAACAACAGAGGUUGG